AUCCAACUCCUACCAAACCAACCUGCUUCGAGACGGUGUGCGGAGGUACCUGCAGCUGCCAGCAGACCAGACAGUGCUGAUACUGCACGCCAAAGUUGCACAGAAGUCAUACGGCAACGAGAAAAGGUUUUUCUGCCCCCCACCUUGCGUUUACCUGAGCGGGCCAGGAUGGAAGUUAAAACAGGAACAGAUGAAAGCCAGGGACCCAGGAGAUGCAGGUUUUCAGGUGUGCGGGUACAUGGGGCUGGACAGCAUGGGCAGCAGCCUGAUGGAGACCCAGAAGCUCAGCUUUGAGGAGCAGCCAGAUGCAAAGGGAUUUGGCUGUGCCAAGGCACUCUACAUCUCGGACGCGGACAAGCGCAAGCAUUUCCGCCUGGUCCUGAAGCUCUUCUUCAGCAACGGGCAAGAGAUCGGCACCUUCCACAGCAAACUGAUCAAGGUCAUCUCCAAGCCCUCUCAGAAGAAGCAGUCACUGAAGAACACAGACCUCUGCAUCUCCUCAGGCUCCAAAGUCUACCUCUUCAACCGACUGCGCUCCCAGACCGUCAGCACCCGCUACCUCUCUGUUGAAGGGGGAGCCUUCAUCGCCAGUGCCAGGCAGUGGGCAGCCUUCACCCUCCACCUGGCCGAUGAGUACUGCACCCGGAGCGAGUUUCCCCUGCGGGAAGGGUACAUCCGCUACGGCUCCGUGGUCCAGCUGGUCUGCACGCAUCGCCCGGCCACUGGCAUCACCCUGCCGCCCCUGAUCAUCCGGAAGGUGAUGAAGCAGUAUGCCAUGCUGGACGUGGACGAGCCCAUCUCCCAGCUCCACAAAUGCGCCUUCCAGUUCCAGGGUAGCGACCGCAUGUAUCUGUGUCUUUCCACAGAGAAAGUGAUCCAGUUCCAGGCAUCUCCCUGCCCGAAGGAAGCCAACCGGGAGCUGUUGAACGACGGCUCCUGCUGGACCAUCAUCGGCACCGAGACAGUGGAGUACACCUUCAGCGAGAGCCUGGCCUGCAUCCGUGAGCCUGUCAGCCCCGUGCCGCUCAUCACUGCCCUGCAGCUCACAGGUGGUGGGGACGUGGCCAUGCUGGAGGUACAGGGGGAGUAUUUCCAUGCACACCUCAAGGUCUGGUUCGGAGAUGUAGAAGCAGAGACAAUGUACAGGAGCCCCAAGUCCCUCUUGUGUGUUGUGCCUGAUGUCUCUGCCUUUGGCAGUGACUGGAGGUGGCUGCGAUACCCCAUCACGGUCCCACUCCUCCUGAUCAGGGAUGAUGGCCUCAUCUACUCCAGCUCCUUCACGUUCACCUACACCCCAGAGCAGAGCUUCAUCCCAGGGCAGCAGGUCCUCUCGGAUGUCCCCCAAGACUCAGACAAAUUACUUGACAGCAUCCAUCAGGAGUUCACCAGGACCAACUUCCACCUUUUCAUGCAGAGCUAG